CCCCACCAACAUCAUUUGAUCGAGGCUGCAUUAUCUGGAUUUACGGUGAAACGGUUUUCGCACAUGCAAUCCAACUGCAUCACUUAGGUUCCAGUUUGGAUACAUACCUUCGGCUAUCAAUGCCCAAGUGGUACGGAAUCAAUAACGUGCAUCCGGCAACCACACAGUUAAAGCUUGCAGCUCCUUGGAUUGUCAGCUUCCUACAGACUACUGCACAAGUAUUACUCGGAGAUCCACAGCCACCAUCUCAACUUGAAAACGGGCGAAUAUGUACGUGUCCCGAUGUGAAUUUUCUUAUCCUGAGGACAAGUGUGGCUUUCACGCUCCCCGUUUUAGUCACUGUGAUAAUACUCUUCAUGGCUGCAUACAAGCUGAAGGAGUCUGUUUUGCAAACCGCCGAAGCUUCAAGAACAGCAGCCAGCAGACAGAUCGAUUUUACCGCAGGGUCAAACAACGAGAGAAUAUUAUGUAUCCAGAACGCGCAAGCAUCGGAACUACCAGGAUUCGUUGAAAACGACCUUGAACCUAAGACCCCACUACGGAUUCCCAAUGGAGAAACUAAGCAUGAUUUAUGUCUGCAAAACUUGGCUGUCAUUACGACGUCUGUUUCGAGUGGUAUGGACGUGAGCAUUCUAAGUCAUAUUACGGAGGAUGCUGCACUGCAUCCGAAAAUGAAACAAAAGGAGUCGAAAACAUUGCAAACGAACCAGAUUGCGAUCCUGAGUUCCGCAAUUGAUAAUACUCACAGCUUUUCAGAAGGUUUGCGUGAAAAACAAGCCUCACAAGUAUUUGACCACUUCUGCCCAAAGCACGGGCAUUUCAAGGUUAGUCUACAAUCUGAACCCCUCAUUAGCACCGAUGAGCCGCUUGCGCUUGACACCUCUUCUGAUGUUUUGAAUCAACGAGGCGAUGUGCUAGCAGUCCCAGUCAAUCAAAUUGAUACAUCUGCACUAAUUAUCAACGGACAAAAGGCUACGUAUCCUGAUGUAUGCGCAAUAGCAUUUCCAAAUCGACUGCAGCAGGAAGACGAUUGUCCAGAAAUCACCCAACACCUCCCGCCUGCACAAGAUCACAAGGAUGACGUCAAGCAGCGUCCAUCAAUAACAAAUGUCCUGUUUGACCCUUCUGAGCUGCAAAUCUCUUUGACCAGACGAUAUGAACUGGAAAAGGUUGCCAUCAAACUAAAUAUGAUUUCUUGUGCUACAUCGAUUGCCCUAUGGUCCCCCUAUAUGAUUUCGUCGUUGGUAUAUUUGCUGCUCACUAACACGCGGUUCAGUCAUUUGGUAUCCAUUUCAACACUGAUACAGUUCAAAUGGUUAACCUAUUUGAGUUCAGUCGCAUACACAAUAGGAUAUCUUAUUGUCGACCGACAGCUAUCCACCGCUUUCGCCCAUUUUAUUUGUUCAACAAAGAUUUCCUUAUGUAGUUCUACCCGGUGUACAACAGCUCCGCAAAACGUAUUUCGUUGUUGCAGACGGAAAU